AUGUCUAUUGAGAAGCCUGAACACCGUGCGCCCAUGCAGCCAGCGCCCACACCGAGUCGCAAACGGAUCGUGGUGGCCAUGACCGGAGCAACCGGGGCGAUCCUGGGUAUCAAGUGUCUCAUUGCCCUGCGUCGGUUGAAUGUUGAAACCCAUCUCGUGAUGAGCAAAUGGGCCGAGGCGACUAUCAAAUACGAAACGGACUACCACCCGUCUAAUGUCAAGGCCCUCGCGGACCAUACCCACUCUAUCAACGAUAUGGCGGCCCCCAUCUCAAGCGGCUCUUUCAAAGCCGAUGGGAUGAUCGUCGUCCCAUGCAGCAUGAAAACCCUCGCAGCCAUCCACAGUGGAUUUUGCGACGACCUCAUCUCUCGCACAGCGGAUGUCAUGCUCAAAGAGCGGCAGCGACUCGUUUUGGUUGCUCGAGAGACGCCACUGAGCGAGAUCCAUCUGCGCAAUAUGCUGGAAGUAUCUCGCGCUGGCGCCGUUAUCUUCCCACCCGUACCGGCGUACUAUAUCCGUGCCGCUUCCGUGGAUGAGCUGGUCGACCAAAGCGUGGGGCGUAUGCUGGACCUCUUCGGGUUGGACACGGGCGACUUCGAGAGGUGGGACGGUUGGCAACAUGCAGAUCGCUGA